AUUGUUUUGUAAUUGAUAGAAAUUAUUCCUUUUAACAGCUGUUUAAUAAGUAAUACACGAACUAAACAACCUAUUAGUAUUAGCACAAUGUUAAAUUAGUCUUAAAAAAAUGUAUGAUGUAUGUCAUCCUAGCUAUUAUUAUAUUGGAAAACUGGGAUGUACUGAUCCUAUAAGGAUAAGUACAACGUUUUAUGUUUACAUUGAACUAUGUGAAGCAAGGAGAUACUGGGAAGUUAAUUACAAAUACAAUGAAAGUCUGGAUUUAUUGUAUUUGGAAGUUAAGAGAAAGAAAAAUUCAGAAAUAGAGAUUUACAUACCUUGGCCAACGUUAUACAACAUAUCCCUCAAUAGAAUAGAAGAAAUACAACAAGGUUUAACUACUGAAAGGGUCACAUUUGUUUUCAAGUCUGAAGAUGGUACCAGUAUUAUUUAUAAAGUGACUAAGGGUCUCAUGAAACCUAUGGCCCCAGAAGCAACUAAGUUAAUGAAGGAGAAAGAAGAAAAGAAAUCUCAAUUGGAAAAAGAAAUCAGAAAAAAUACUUCACACUUGUAUGAACUAGCAAAGUCUUUAAGUACAGAGAGCAACAAUGAAGAUACCAAACCUGGUAUGAGCAAUAGUAAUUGUACAAAAAAUGCUGAGAACAGUGAUAAAGAAAUAAAACCUGGUGCAAGCAAUAGUAGGGAUGCAGAGAAUUCUGAGACCAGCAAUAAAGAUACCGAACUUGUGAAAUAAUCAACUGUAAUAAUUAUCAAACAAUCAAAUAAAAUUAUUUUCAUUUAAA